CACAUAGACUUCCGCGUUACAGCAAUGAUCCGGAACACGGGCCUGAGAGUAAGACAUCUGCUGCAGCACCGAUUCGGGGAUAGCAUCCUACAGCCAUCCAGGCACAGCAGAACAACUAAUAGCAGGUCUCUCAGUGAUAGUAGCGGACUCCACAGCAUCCUUUCCCCAACAUCCCCACCCGGAAACUACUGCUGCAGAUACAUUUAUACUAGAUCUCCACAUUGCACAAGUGCUGUCAGCAGCAGAUCUAGGUAUCUAUUUGCUACAGGGAGUCUAUCACCCCGUAACAAGUCUUUAAACUACACCAGCUGCACAUCACCUUUCUCCUUCCCCUUUUUCGGAUUAGCAAACCGGCUCUUUCAAAACACCCAGCCGGAAGGUUACAACAGGCUUAGUGUAGCCGGCUUCAGUAUGGCACACGUCCCUCCUGGUGCUGGUGAUGUCCAAGGGGGUCACUCAAAUUCGGAGGUUCAGUGUGGGGCUCAUCCCCGUCGGCGCCCGCACUGCUCGUUUGAUUACCUGGUGAUCGGGGGAGGAUCAGGUGGACUGGCCAGUGCCCGCAGGGCGGCGGAGUUGGGUGCCCGAGCGGCUGUGGUGGAGAGCAACAAGUUAGGGGGCACUUGUGUGAAUGUAGGAUGUGUACCAAAAAAGAUAAUGUGGAAUGCAGCUAUCCAUUCUGAGUACAUGCAUGACCAUGAAGAUUAUGGCUUUCAGACCUCUGACGUAAAAUUCACCUGGAAGGUAAUUAAAGAUAAACGAGAUGCCUAUGUGAGCCGUCUUAAUGACAUUUAUCAAAAAAACCUGCACAAGGCUCAGGUAGAAAUUAUCCGGGGUCAUGCUUCCUUUACGUCUGACCCCGAACCAACGCUGGAAGUUAAUGGUCAGAAGUAUACAGCGCCACACAUUCUUAUUGCUACAGGAGGAAAACCUACUGUGCCCUCAGAAAGUAAAGUUCCUGGAGCCAAUUUAGGAAUCACAAGUGAUGGCUUUUUUGAACUUGAAGAAUUACCAAGACGCAGUGUUAUUGUUGGUGCGGGUUACAUUGCUGUGGAAAUAGCUGGAAUUCUGUCGGCUUUGGGAUCCAGGGCUGCUUUGCUGAUUCGCCAAGACAAGGUCCUGAGAACGUUUGAUUCAAUGAUUAGUUCAAACUGUACAGAAGAACUAGAGAAUGCUGGUGUUGAUGUCUGGAAAUAUUCCGAGGUGAAGUCAGUUGAAAAAACCUCUAGCGGUCUAGAAAUUAAAGUGCAGUGCACAGUGCCUGGUCGCAAACCAACUGUGAGGACCAUCCAGGAUGUUGACUGCUUGCUAUGGGCCAUUGGAAGAGACCCCAACACGGAGGGUCUAAACCUGGACAAACUGGGUCUGGAGUUAGAUGAUAAAGGUCACAUUGUGGUGGAUGAAUUCCAGAACACCAGCAGAAAGGGAAUUUACGCUGUAGGAGAUGUAUGCGGAAGAGCACUUUUGACACCAGUCGCCAUAGCAGCCGGUAGGAGACUGUCCCAACGAUUAUUUGAAGGACAAGAGGAUUCCAAAUUGGACUACAACAAUAUUCCAACAGUGGUGUUUAGUCAUCCACCCAUAGGAACGGUUGGACUUACGGAAGAAGAAGCAGUGACCUUGAAGGGCAGGGAGAAUGUUAAAGUUUACACAACCUCUUUUUCACCAAUGUAUCACGCAGUAACCAGGAGGAAAACCAAGUGUGUCAUGAAACUAGUCUGUGUUGAUAAAGAGGAGAAGGUAGUUGGACUACACAUGCAAGGUCUAGGGUGUGAUGAAAUGCUGCAAGGGUUUGCAGUGGCAAUCAAAAUGGGCGCUACAAAGAAAGACUUUGAUAACACAGUUGCUAUUCACCCCACCUCAUCAGAGGAACUGGUCACACUCCGUUAGGCGCACUCGUCCCUUGAAGUGAAUCCCAUGACUACUGUACUAGUAAAGUCGACAGGAGCUGUCUUCCAAAUUGCAUUCCAUACUACUCCUAUUUUAUACACCUGUCUACUUCCUGAUGUGCCUUAUUUUGUGCCAUAUAUCCCUUUCAGAAAGGGAAUUGUAGAGCUAUAAUUUAAGUUUGUAGAUGAAAAACUUUUGUGAAUAAUCUUUAAAAAUAAAAAAAAUUAUGUUGAUUUCAACAUGA